AUGUUUCUUCUCCUACAUUUGUUUCCAUCAUUCUCUCAUAUCUCACCUUCUUCGUCUCCACCCCUAACACACCACCAUCAUCUCCAACACUCACUACCUCUUUUGGCCUCACACGGUGGCGGUGCACCUGCCCUAUCGACGAACGCUUCAUCCACCACCAUUGUUCUAAUCAUACGAGCCAAUAUAAAGCAUAUAGAAGGAUUGAUGCUCCCUUGUCCUCAUUUAACGAUUGAGCAGCAAGUCAUGGCAAUCAUCUCAUGGAUGUACUCAGACAAGGAUCAAAGUUUAAGAGACACAUUUAAAGGAAUGGAAGAAGGCAAGUUUUCAGAAGCACGUGAGGAUCUUGCUGCUCCUGUGAAAGAUUAA